AUGCGCGACCGCAUGGUCAGCACGGCCGCGCUCCUGAAGGGAACGGGCCCCACGGUGUCCGCUACGACUCGGAAGCGGCAGCUGGCGAGCAGCGCCACCGAGCUCGAGUCCAUGGGCGCCACCUUCGACGCCGUCGUCGCGCAGGUGGAGGGGCUGCACCAGUGGUCCGUGGAGCUCCGCGACCACGUCAAGUCCUCGGAGGGGUCCCGCGCGGACGCCAUGCGGCAGCUCGAGUCGGUGGCGCAGGACAUGCAGGACACGCUCGCGCGUCUCUCGCGAGUCGAAUCCGAGCGCGACGACCUCCAGAACCGCCUCGACAAGCUCACGGACCAGCUCCAGGUCACGCAGCAGGAGCUCGGCGACGCGCGCGUCCAGCUGCGCGCGCGGGCGCAGGCCGCGGGCGGCAUGGAUGCGCGUCUGCGUGCGGCGCAGGAGCGUGCGGACGAGGCCGUGCGCGAGGCCGCGCAUCACCGCAUGGUCGCGCAGGAGGCGCAGGCGGCGCGCCAGGACGCGGAGGGGUCCGUCGCGGCGAUCGUAGCGGACCGCGACCGCGCGAAGGGGGCAGCGGAGCGCGCGCAGCGUGCUGUGGCGGGCGUGGCGGCCGACAACGUGGUGCUCGUGAUGCGGGCGCGGAAGCUCGAGGAGGAGCUGCAGGCGGUGACGCGGGAGCGCGACGAGCUGCAGCUGGCCGCGGACGAGCAGCGGGGACCGUAUUUCGAGCAGGUGCGCGUGGAGGUGGAGGGGCGCGUGACGGACGCGAUGGAGCGGGCGGUGGAGCUCGAGCGCGAGAUGGAGCGGCAGCACCGGGCGUUCGCGGAGGAGCGCGACGCGUGGCGGGUGAAACUCGGGGAGUUGGAGGGGGAGUUGGCGGAGGCGCUGGAGCGCGAGUCGGCGCUGUCGGGCGCGCUCGCAUCCUCGCGCGCGACGGAGGAGGCUGCUGUCGCGGCGCGCGCGGCCGCGGACGCCGCGCGGGACGAGCAGCACAGCCGCGCGGAGGCCGCGCUUGCCGAGUGCCGGGUCCUGCGCGACAACGACCGCAUGCUGCGCCAGGAGAGCGAAACUGCGCGCGGCGGCCGCGCCGCCGCCGAGCGCGAGCGCGUCGCGGCCGAGCGCGCCCUCGCGGAGGCCCGGGCGCGCAUCGAGGCGCUGGAGACCGACGUUGAGGACCUGGGUUCGAGGCUGGACACGCAGCGCGACGUGAACAAGGAGCUGCUGCAGCGCAAGGGCGAGGUGGAGUGGGAGCUGGUGCAGGCGCUGGCGGCGGGGUCGCGGCGGCCGCGGGCGGGGCGGUCGGGCGGUGAGAGCAAUGUGCAGAGCUCGGCGGUGGGGAGCGGGGCGGACGCGGGCGGGGCGACGGAGGCGACGGAGGCGACGGAGGCGACGGCUGGGCGCGCGGACGAGCUCGGCGCGGCGUCGCUGGGGUCGCGGUCGCCGGACUACGCGUCGGAUGACGAGGGCGGAGGCGCGGCGUGGAGCACGGAGGGCCCACAGGUGCUGUCGGGGACGCUGCUGAGGAACAUGUCGGUGGACGUGCCGUCGAGCUCGGCGCUGGAGUCGGUGCGGGAGGAGGAGAGCUCGCCGAGCGCGCAGAGCGGGGACAUGGUGCUGCGGGACUCGCCGGCACAUAGGGGAUGA